AUGAUCCCGGAGGUUGAAGGACUCGACAAAAUUUGCCUCGAUACAGAUUCAGACAAAGCCAAAGAAGUUGAGCCUAAAAGACGGGGUAAAGCGACAGCAAUACCGUGGACACAUAAAGAGGACGUUUUACUAUGUCGAGCUUUCUGUACCAUCUCAAGUGAUCCGGUCAUUGGCGCUCAACAAACGUCCGAAGGCUUUUGGAGGCGAAUUAUACAGUAUUAUAAUGAAGCUGGUGAAGCACGAAACCUCAUUCAGAGAACCAUGGAGUCAGCAAAAUCUCAUUUUUAUGCUUUCCAUGGAGACUGUCUCAAAUUUAAUGCGUCAAUAAACAGGUUUUGGGCUGAUCAAAGAAGUGGUGAAAAUGAUGCAAUUGUUUUGCAGAAUGCACUAAUGGAGUGGAAUAACGAGGGGAAAAAGAAAGGGGCUUUAAAUGGCUUCAUUGCUGGGAG